AUGAGGCAUCAGCAAGUUUUGCCAAAAACUUCGAGAUUCACCAACUCACUGCUGUUUCUCAGCCUCCUAUUUUGUAUGACUCUGAUUUUUCGCCAAUAUCAUGUAGGCAUCCCAAAACUUGAGAGCGAAUACUCGUCCAACCAUACCGACGCAUGCAGUUUAGAGGAGAAUAAUAGAUUUGAUUGUUGGCCGGAGAGGAGUCAAGCAACGGAGCAGGCUUGUGUUGCAAGAGGAUGUUGUUGGAAAUCUUCUUUAAACAGGAACUCACAGCCAGUGUGUUACUUCCCAUUAAAUUACAGUGGAUACAAUGUGACACAAGUAAAUGUGACGACAACAGGGAUUGAAGCAACGCUCGUUAGGUCCACCAGGUCAUUCUUUUCAAGUGAUGUUACAAUAAUAAAAUUGCGAGUUGAUUACCAGACGGAAGCUCGUUUGCGAAUAAAGGUA